GAUUGAGGCAGUGAAUUCCAAGUGUGCUUCUCUUGAGAAAACUAAACAGAGGCUCCAGAGUGAGGUGGAGGACCUCAUGAUUGAUGUGGAGAGAGCCAAUGCUCUGGCUGCCAACCUGGACAAGAAGCAGAGGAACUUCGACAAGGUCUUGGCAGAGUGGAAACAGAAGUAUGAGGAGGGUCAGGCAGAGCUUGAAGGAGCUCAGAAGGAGGCUCGUUCUCUUGGCACUGAGCUGUUCAAGAUGAAGAACUCUUAUGAGGAAGCUCUGGAUCACCUUGAGACCAUGAAGCGUGAAAACAAGAACCUCCAGCAGGAGAUCUCAGAUCUGACUGAACAGAUUGGUGAGACUGGCAAGAGUAUCCAUGAAAUAGAGAAGGCCAAGAAGCAGGUGGAGACAGAGAAGUCUGAGAUCCAGACAGCUCUUGAAGAGGCUGAGGUACAAUACUGCUGCUAUGAUGGCUGA